AUGUAUGUGAAAUGCUUUGAUACAGUAAUGUUUUACUAUGUGAUUUUAGUAUAGUAGUGAAUGUUACUUUUUGACAUUUUUAAAUUUCCCACCGUUCCGUCCCCAUACGUCCCGACGUCGCAGGGAACGGAACCCCGGAAGACGGAUGCCGGCAUCAGCCGAAGGAGAUGGCCAGGGACGCUGCAGGGGGGACAUCGCGGGAGCGCAGGACAAGAUAAGUGAUCGAGGGAUCCCGAAGCAACGCUGCAUGGUAUUCCAGAGUGUAGCUCGGGGUUACCACUUGUGCUACACUCGGGAAUACCUCCAGGAAGGU